AUGCCGCACCUGGCAUCACACGAUGACCCCGAACAGGAGGAGAGGCCACGGAGUGUUUCGUCCAAUGUGGCGGUGGCGGUGGUGCGUCACGCAGAGCGAGCAGAUGCCUCCAGCACCUUUGACACCUGGUGUACCUCCGACGAUGCCGCGGCCUUCCCUUGGGAUCCGCCCAUUACGGAGCGGGGCUUUCAACAGACCAGCUAUUUGGCUCAGGAACUCGCUUCGAAACAUGUGGAUUUCAAGGUGAUUAUCACAUCGCCCUUUCUGCGUUGCUUGCAGACCGCCAUGGUCUUGGCAGAAUAUUUUGAUGCCGACGUGUUAGUGGACAACGAACUGGGAGAAGUGAUGAAUACUGAAAUCUUCGAGACUGCCCCGCCCUUGCCACCUCGCCCUUGGACCAAGGUGACAGCAGCCUUGAAGACCAAUUUCUGCACAGAUCGUUUGAAGGCGGGUCGCUUCAUGGGCAAAGCACCUCAGUGGCCUGAGUCCUCUCAGCGGGCGCGCUUGCGCUAUGCCAACCGCUUUUUGGAGUAUUUGCGCCGCGCCAGACAUACCAAGAAGAGCUGCUUAUUGGUCACGCAUGGGCACAUGGUGCAGGUCUGUGCCACCAUUCUGCCCGCCACAGCGUCCCGACGCGUUUUGAGCGUCGACUACGCCGCGGCUGUGUUGGCGGUGUGCCAUCGGGCGGGGCGAGGCGAUAUCGCAGAAAUGCAGGGCAUGUCAGCGAUGAUGGGGUCCAAAGAAGCCGUGAACUCCAAAAGUUCUUCCUUUCAUUUGCCAAAAAUAUCGAAGAGGGAAGUGGAAACAGAUCAGCAGAGCCAACUGCAGGAGGGGAAUGAAUUGAUGCAACAGGCCAGGUUGAAGUACUGGGACGUGUGGUUGGAAGGCGUGCGCACGGUGAGCACCUCAACCAGAGUACCACAAGUGCUUCAACAGGUGCACCAAUUCCAGGAAUCCCUUGGACGAAGUUAUCAGGACAUGGUGCGGCUGCUGGGUGUGUUACCUCCUCCCGAAGAGUUUGGCGACGGCGACCAGGCCAUAUCCGAAAGUGCCGACAGCAUCGAUUGCCAAACCACCAGCUCACUGGCCAUGUAUCAAGAUCCCUCCAUGAUUCCCAGCUCACCCAGAUCAGCGGUCAGUGGCAAAUCUGGCAGAUCGACGCCAUCCGUGGCGCCAUCGUUGCCACGGAUGAAUGUGAAAACCUUCAAAGAAGUUGAAUUGAGUCUUCCCUCCAGCAGUCUGGCCGCGCGCCGGGCCCGCAAGUCAGAUUCAGGUGCCCUUGGCCUUAGCCUCGCACCCCUUGGACCUGCCAGCAGCGAUCCAAUCUUGGAAGUUGAGCCGAUGGAGUCGCAGGCCAAAGGAGUGGAUGAGAAUGUCUUUUCAACACUGAAGUCGUUUCACGACUUUGAUGCCGAUGCAUCCGGGGAACUGUCCACCAGUGAGGUGCAGGCGGUCUUGGAGGCCAUGGGAUGCUCACCCUUCAAGGGGACUCUCCAGAGGCUCAUCGAUGCGGUUGACGCCAAUGGCUCAGGCACCUUGGACUUCAAUGAGUUUCUCUCGUUGCUCUUGGUCUACCGCCAGACCGAUGGCUUUAGUCACAAGGAGAUUCGACAGAUGCACCGUAGCUUUUGUCGCUUCGCUAUGGCAGAUGCAAACAAUGUCAAGAAGGUGGCGCUGGGGCCGCUGGAGCUGGUGCCUCACUAUCGUUUGUCCAAUGCCUUGAUUUUCGAGUUCGGAGCGCAAGCCGCCGACUUGGCCAGGCAAUUGGCCAAACAAGAUCAGCGGAUCAUGCGCCGCGGCAAGUCGCUGUGGAUGAUGGCGUCUUCGACGACCGUGGCAAAAAACGAAGGUCCUGCAGGCUUAACCUUUCGACAGUUUGUGACAUGGUCUCGGCGGAUGAAGGAAGCGGAGAUCAAUGAAUACGUGCGGCAGUUUAAGCGCUUCGAUCAGAGCCAAGAUGGAGUGUUGGAUCGGUCGGAGGUGAAGCAAGUCCUCAAAGAGAUGGGAUAUAUGCCCUUGCGGUCGAACAUCCAAGACCUCUUUCGCUCCGUCGAUGCGGAUGGUGAUGGCACAGUGAAUCUUGAAGAGUACCUGGAUUUGAUGGAGUAUUUCAAGCGAUGGGAUGGCUUCACGAGGGAGGAGGCUGCUGAGCUCCUGACCAUCUUCAAGAGGCACGCUAGCACGGAUGGAGAGAUUUCAACCAUGCAGAUUAUGGACAUUCUGCGAGCCAGUGGUCGUACCAACAGCUUGCGCAAGACCCAGCAGUUGGUGGCCAAGGUUGAUGUGGAUGAGACGCACUCCCUGGAUUUCAAGGUGUGGCUCGAGCCAAUGGUGUCUGCCAUGACGAACUUCUCGCCUAACCUGGCAGAUGUGGUCCACUCCAAACCUAGUGAGAUAGAGUUGGGCAACGGCGACGAAGCGAUCUUCGACGAGGACGACCUGCCGAGCCGCGGCAACACGCGCGACGACGCCGUUCUGAUGGACGCCUUGGACGGCGAGGGCGACUUCGAUCAGCCCCUGCCACCCAAGGCGCCACGGGCGCCGCGUUUCCCAGGGCUCUCAGCCGGAACCAGCCCGGCAGUGAGCGUAUCCGGAGAUUUUCGACGCUUAGUCCAGGAGUUGAUCCAGCAACAUAUCGCAGAAGUCUCUGAAGCACAACGGGCCGGUGCCCCAGGCGUCUUCGACAGCACCUUGGAACCGUUGGGAUCCUCUUCGCGUCUCCUUGGCGGUGUGGAAACAGAUGAGUUUCGCGGCGAUAGCUUCCAGGAGGCCGUUGAAGCUGCUUCCAUGUCACUUCCACUGGGCGUGCUCCCCAGGGGAUCGCCUGCGGUGACAGCCUCGGAACUUUGCCAAAAAUAUGCAUCCAUGUCGGUUCCGUUGGGUUCCUACGCCCGGGUGCGACGGAAUUCGGCCUCAGAAUUGAUGUGUCAGCAACACAUGGGAAAGGAACUACAGGCGGGACCUUUGCUACAAGCCCUGGACCACCAUCCGCAGUUCAUGGACGCAGUCCGGAGCAUGUCACAGAAACGAUCGUCCAGCAAUCCAUUGAUUACCAUCAGUCGUGAGGAAACUCCCCUGAAACCACCACGAAACUCAGCUUCCAUGACCUUCUUUGACACCAAAGAUUUUCCAGAUGUCGAAAGCCUCACAUGGUACGGACGAUUGGCCGAGUGGCUGCAAUCUUCAUCCUUUGAGGGUAUUAUUGCAGUAGCGCUGCUGGCGAAUGUCCUGUGGAUGGCGGUGUCAUUGCAGGUGAAUGGAGGGAAGACUGGCAACGAGUUAGGGAUCAUCAAUGAUGAGAAGGUCACUGCAGACAGCGAUGAGUGGAAGAUCCUGACUCAGGUGGUGGAUACCUUUUUCGCAGUCUUCUUUGCAUCAGAGGUGACUCUAAGGAUUGCCAUCUUGCGUUGCAAAUUCUGGCGUGUGUGGAUGAACUUCAUCGAUGUCUUGGUCAGCCUGGCAGCGAUUGUCGAAGUGGCCUUUGUCUACACCGUGAAGCUGCCGGUGGAGCCCAUGCUCUUCCGCUUGCUCCGCGUGGGGAAGCUGAUUCGCGCCAUCCGCAUGGUUGCCAUGACUAGCGUCCUGGCCUCAUUGCAGCUCUUAGUAAAAUGCUUGGUAGCGAGCAGGGAUAUGUUGUGGUGGAGCUUUUGCUUGUUGGCCUUCGUUCAGUGUGUGGCAGGAAUGAUCCUGAGCACCCUUUGCCAAGACUUUUUGUCGCAUGAAGAGUAUGAUAGCGCUGUACGCAAAGAAGUUUACAUGUACUACGGCACGUUCACUCGCACCGUUUUGACGAUGUUUGAGAUCCUCUUCGCUAAUUGGUCUCCGCCGUGCCGAGUGCUGGUGGACAACUUGAGCGAAUGGUUUUCCAUUUUUUUCCUGUUGUAUCGAUGCGUCCUUGGCUUCGCUGUUCUCAACGUCGUCAACGCCGUGUUCGUGCAACAGACCAUGAAAACUGCCAGCUCAGAUGAAGAGCUCGCCUUCCGACAGAAGGAACGAGACAAGGCGAUGUACACCAGGAAAGUGAAGAAAUUGUUUCGGGCCAUGGAUUUUUCCGGAGAUGGGUCCAUUAGCAUCGAGGAAUUUGCCAAGCUGGUUGCUUCACCCAAGCUUCAAUUUUGGAUCAGCCAAUUGGAACUGGAAUACCAUGACUUGUUGAGUCUCUUUGAAUUUCUUGACAACGGUGAUGGCCAGAUCACUUUGAAUGAAUUCAUCGAGGGAGCCGCUCGUCUCCGGGGCACAGCUAAAGCCCUGGACGUAUGGCGGAUGGAAACCAAAGUGGGGGUCUUGUUUGAGGAGGUGCUGAAUGUGUUGAAGGGUAAAAACCCUGUGCCCGUGGAUUCAGAGGAUCUGGUCCAAGACGUCUUUGACCAAUCACUUUUCAAGCACAUCCAGACUACCGCGCGAUCGCGGCAAGUCUCGCCCGAAUAA